UCUUGCUUGCAAGUGAGGUUUAGAGGCACACGGCAAAGCUGAGAGAAAAAGCGAUUCAUUCGUCAGCCCAAUCCCGCACCAGACAGCAGCGCAUUGAUGUGAUGUUUGAUUGUAAUGGAUCUUCUCUAGAAUUUCUGGAUGUUCCGAUAGAUCCGGUGUAAAAUUUAAGCUCGAUUGAAUAAUAUUGCGAAGUGACCAAGUUGUACUUUUUGUGUCAGUGUUUCGUACUAGUGGUAAAACUUGAAGGAUAUGCUCCGGUGAAACAGGCAGAUGUGUGUUCUGAACUCAAGUCGUAACAAUUUUCUGCAGUGUGAUCAUCAAGAACUACAAAAUGGACUCCGCCUCUAUGAUGUAUACGGACAGUUCCUUAGUUUGUGGCGAGUCCAGAGAUUUUAAAUCCUGCCGUCUGUGCUGUUGUCCGGAUCAGCACGAAUUGGCUUUGAUCUUUCCGGAUGGCACCGAUGUUGGCAGUAAUAAAUUAUUAAUCGAAAAGAUCUACGAAUGUACAACAGUGCAGAUCGCCAACGAGGGGGUUGAUCGGAAUGCCCUGAUUUGCCAGCCGUGCGUCGCCAAAAUCGAUGACUUCUACGAAUAUCGAGAGCAAUGUAAGGCCAAUGAUGACCGAAUACGUCGUGAGGCCUCGGACCAUAUCGACAUUAAACUGGAACCGAAGGAUAUCAGCAUCGCCGACUACCAUGUCCCGAUGGAAGAUAAUGAUGAUGAUAAAACAGAAUCUUCUAGUCCAGUAAGGCUACAGGCUGGACCUUCUUCCCCCUUGAAGAAGACAAAAGCAGGCAGCAGUAGCAACGAGGUGACUUGCACAACAAAAGAAACGCUUUCUCCAGAAGGACGAAAUCUACAGAAUGAUAUCGCUUUAAUUCAACUGUCAGAUGAAAUUACAAUUAAACGAGAAACAAUCAUAGAUGAUGACAACGAUGUCUACUACAAUAGUGAUGGUGAAGCGGUGGAUGAGUCCCAGGAGAAUUCUCCCGAAAAAACUUCCUCAGGUCCCGCCGAAACAAAUUCACAAUCCUACCGAAUCAUCAUGACCGCUACCAACAGGGAGCGUUUGAUUUACAAUGGCUUUCUGUACUGUAGACAUUUUACGCGCCGUGAUGGUUCUACUCAUUGGCGCUGCCGAUUGGGAGGUUGCCAAGCAGCUGUCAAUUUGAACCUAGACAAUAACAUUGUACCGGCCAAUACGAAUAGUCACAAUCAUCCUCGUAAUGUACCGGAUGAGCUACUACUUCCUGAUCAAAUGGAAAAACAAUCAACUGACCAAAGCAUGAAGGAGAAAGUUGAUACCGAAACUUCAAUUGAACCCGAUAUGGACCAGGAUCAGCUUGAAAUUGGAUUCUCAGAAACAGAAGCAGUAACUAUUGCAGCGGAUAGUAUACGAAUUGUUCCAAAUAAAAAAGGAGGCGAAACGUUGAUCCACUUGGGAUUCAAAUACUGCAAACGAUAUGUCAGAGUUGAUGGAUCGAUGUACUGGAAAUGUAGAUCCAACAGCAAUAAGUGUCAUGCUGGACUGUACGUCUACUCUGAAAACAAAGUAAGGUAUCACGGCGAGCAUAAUCACGAUCAGGUUGUUGAAGGUGAUGAAGAUUUCGAUAACGAAAAUUCAGCUGAUAGAGAGGAUGAUUUGACGCAUCGUUUUAUUAUCGACGAAGAUGUUGAGGAAGAUGGAGAGAACCAAGCUUAUGGUGAUGAUAUUGCUUCUCUAUUAGAAGUAAUGAUGCCAGAAGAUCGGCGGCAAAGUUCACAAGAGUACGAAAUUACUACUAAUGCUAAGGGACGAGAAUGCCUUAUUCAUGAGGGCCACCAAUAUAGUAAAGAUCGAGAACGUUCGGAUGGAGCAUCGCUUUGGCGUUGUCGUAGAAAUUACGAUAAAUGCCGUUCGUUGGUAAUUGUUCAUCCAAAUGGUCGAAUAGAGAGCAGUGGCGAGCAUCGUCACGAAACAGACAAAAGGUUCCUUGAGCGACAAGAAAAUGGCACUGGUAGCCGGUUGUUCCGCAUAACUAAAAACCAAAGAGGAAACGACGCUCUUGUUUUUGAUGGUCAUCGUUUUAGCAAAGAAUGGUGUCGUGUCGAUGGUUCUAUUAUUUGGAGAUGUUCAUACAAAAGUGGGAUGUGUCGAAAUAAAGUAGUUUUGUACAAAGAUGGUUUAGUUCAUCGAAUGGGUGCGGAACCAGAUCACAAUCAUGAACAGACCGAACCAUCGAUAACAGAGCCAUAUUUCCCAGAAGAAGAAGUGGAAUUUGUGGAUGAUGCUCUGAUAACACCAGUCAAAACCUCUCCCGCACCGAAAGUUUGGAUUCCACCACACCCUUCGGUACACAACUCUAAUUUCACUGUUGAACAGCAAACAACAGGCGGCUAUCGUAUUACUAAAAAUCGCAAAGGAUUUGAAGCACUGGUGUACGAAGGUUAUCGUUAUUGCAAGAUACGAAUCCGACAAGAUGGAUCCAUAAAAUGGCUUUGCAAAAUGAACAAAAAAACGUGUAGAGCUGCGGUGGAUUUGUUCCCUGAUGGGUCAAUCGCUAAAAUUGGAGAUUACGAACAUAAUCAUGAAAAACCUACGGAUAUAGAUGCACCUGAUGAAGAUGACGAACUAGAAAUGGUAGCGUCCACCAGUUCAGAUAAAUCUACAUAUCCUAUAGACCCAGAAGUAUUUGGAAACAGCCAGUGGUACUAUGUUAAAAAUAGCAAAAAUGGAAUAAGUAUGAUCCAUGCAGGCUAUCGAUACACAAAGAAGUGCGAACGUGUCGACGGGACUUCACUCUGGCGUUGUUCCGGGGCCCAAAGAGGGUGCAAAGCCGGUGUCAUUCUGUUUCCCAACGAUACCCUUGCAAUGGUUGAAAAUGCUGAACAUACCCAUAAACCCGGAGAAAUAGCAAAAUCUACUGGUUCUGGUGGAGUUCCUGGAGGUCGUUCAUCAGAUGUGAUCGAAAUAUCUGAACAGGACGAAGAUCAAGCAGAAGAUUCGGAAAUGAAUAUGCAUUCGCUACUGCAAACAGUUUUAGGAACCGGCGAAGUGAAUUGGAUGGGAGGCGAAGGUGAUCAUGAUCAAUCGGGAGUAGAAACUGUUUGGUAUAACAGCGCCACCGAUCGUCCAUACCCCCGACCUGCAACAGGAAUGCCAAAUUUCAAAAUUAUCAAAAACCGCCGUAAUACAGAUAGCUUAGUAUAUCGAGGGUAUAGGUAUUGUAAAAUGAGAGAUCGCGUUGAUGGGUCCAUUUUGUGGGCUUGUCAAAUGAACAAAAAGACUUGCAAAGCUGCUGUGAACUUGACCACUGAUGGAUUGAUUGAAGUACUUAACGGACAACACAAUCACGAACAGACAGAUGCCUAUAAUCCUCUCAGUUUCUCAGAAGUUUCGACAGCAAAUACUUCAAAGCUAUCAGAUACACAUGUUGAUCUUACACUGGAAGAGCCUACAGAAGAAACAGUGGUCAAAAAUCCAAUCAGUGUUCCAGUUAAGCAUCCCGAUUACUAUUUCAGCAUUAAUAAAAAUAAUCGUGAAUGUUUGAUUCACAAGGGCUACCGAUUCCGUUUUCAGAGCGAUCGGCCUGAUGGCUCGUCUGUAUGGCGUUGCUCAAUGGGUGGAAACACUUGCAUGACCGUGUGCACCUUACUCGCCGAUGGUACUCCGGAAAUAGGUUCAUUCAAGCACAAUCAUCAGCCCUUGAAAGAGUUGCCUCCAGCGGUUGAUCGAGUUACUAAACCUCUUCCAGUAGUAAACACAAAAGCUGCUGAAACUUCUGAUACACAAAGUAGUAUAUUUAAUCGCCAAGGCGACCAAUUAGAAUGGAAUGGAUUCCACUAUCGUAAAAUUAAAGAAUUACCUGACAAUUGCAUUAUUUGGAUAUGCCAGGUUGACAGUUGCCGUGUAGCCGUCAAAAUGCUACCAAAUAAACGGCUCAAAAUGCUAAGCGAGUCCGAGCACAACCAUACCGCUGCAGGACAAUUGAAGAUGCCGAGUUCUGCAGCAAAUCAGAUAAAACCCUCAACAUCUGUCGAUGCCUCUGCUUCUGGUUCUGGCAGAAGUCGAAGCUAUCGAUUGUUUAAAAAUCAAAGGGGUCAAAUGACAUUGCUAUAUCAAGGUUAUCGCUAUUCUAUAAGGAAUCGUAAUCAAGAUGGAAGCUCGUCAUGGAAGUGUCGAGCUAAUGCUAGUUGUGGAGUCGUUAUAUAUCUUUUAAGAGAUGAUCGAAUUGUAUUAGGAGGGGGUAGUAAAGAACACAAUCAUCCCCCGAAUUUUUCGUCAACUAAAAAGUUAGAAGCAGUCCAACAAUCUAAAGUUAAUCCUCUUUAUGACUAUCUCAAUAUCGUACCCGGCGGACAUCCUCAACAGAAUUCUGAACAGUCCUCCGAACAACAGGAUACUACAAAGGCCGUUGUUUCCCAAAUAGCUCAUGUUCCUUCCUCGGACUCCAACUAUUAUGGAAGAAAUGUGAUUGAACACAAGGGUUUCUACUACAAAUUGGUUGUGAGAAAAAAGAAUGGACGCGAGUACUGGCGUUGUGUGCAUUUUAGAACAAGGUCAUGUAGAGCUGCAUUAUUCUGUCGUGACAAUGGCACUGUCAUAACUUCGAGUAAUGGCAAAGGGCACUCUCAUAAACUUGCCGAUGCUAAGCCAGCGCCUCAAGUACCCCCUUCGAACAAACCAUCUAGCGUGUCAAUACUGGACCCAUUGCGAACAGAAGUUCAACCUUCUCCGCCGGACGAAGUUCAGUUAACUGCGGUUGAUGAAGAACGGUACAUCGACCAUGGAGAUUAUGUAAUAGCUAAAAAUCGAAAAGAUCAAAACACACUUAUCUACAAAGAUAGACGAUACUAUUUAACCUACAACCGCAGUGACGGUUCCGCUGUUUGGCGAUGUGCUCAUCGCAAACGAUAUAAAUGUUAUGCCUAUGUGCGAUUGCGACCAGAUGGACGUUUGCUGAGCACCGGCGACCACGAGCAUUCACACUCUUUGACAGGAGAACAAACUAAUUCCGCCUCCAUACAGAAGCAGCCAACCAAAGAAACUCUAAACUAUCGAAUUGUUAAGAAUCGCAUGGGCAACGACAUUUUACUUCAUGAUAGUCACAGAUUUAGGCUUAAUUAUCAAAGAAAUGAUGGAACAUCCCAUUGGCGCUGCAUUUGGGCCAGAAGUAAUCAUUGUUCUGCUGGCGUUUAUGUGCUUGCGAAUGGCAGUCUUAAAAAUGCAGCAAAUGAAGCACAAAUUAUUCAUAAUCAUCCACCGCCUAGCGUAGUUAAGAAGGCAGCGGCCGAAGCAAAAGCAUUAGAGCAAGUUGUAGCACAAAUUCCUAUAAAACUUGAACCGCAAGCUGAAAACACGGACAGUAUUCGUACAAUUCCGGAAAAUGAAGGAAUAACAGAUUAUAAAUUUAUUGAGGAAGGUACCAAUAAGAUUCUGGUUUGCCGGGGUUAUCGCUAUUGGUAUACCUGGAUCAGAAAAGAUGGUAGCAUUUACUACCGAUGCUCAGAAGUAAAAACACAACAAUGUCCAAUGGGAAUACUGUUGUUAUCGAAUGGUAAUUUGAUUCGCGCAAACGAAAGCUGCCAUAAUCAUGACCCAACGUUUAAUGAACAUUUAGAAGAAGAGUUUCUGGGUUUCCCAUCUGAAACACAAUCCCAGAGCCAGCUUGUAAACGCAGAGGAACAGCAACAACUUUUUGAAAAUCCUCCUUUGAACGUUCCUGAGGAUGGUGACACGGAUUAUAAAAUAGUGAAAACGACUCGCGGUGAAACAUUACUAUAUAAAGGAUACCGCUACUGGGCUAAGAAUCGCUUAGCUAAUGGAAUUGUUUCACUAUGCUGCACUCGUAAAAAAUUAAAACAGUGUCCUGCUGUCUUGCGUCUUCUACCAAAUAGCCGUAUUGUUGAUCCCAUAGGAGCCGGUCAUACACAUCCCCCAAAUAAUGAAAGUGCACUUGGCCCUGAAUGGCAAGUGGUUGGAUUUUCAGCACCUACGAUAGCAAAAACAUCAACAUCGAGCUCUACAGUUGACACAACAUCUUUAACCGUUGUUGCUAAAGCAAAACCUUCCGAACCUAAACUUCCACCGUUAUCAUUCAACGAGGAUUCCGAUGACGAUGCCGAAUCCGGUGACGAAUCAAUCAUUGGUUCUAGAAGAUAUAUCUUCAUGAAAAGUACCGCUCAAAGGAAUUUUAUUGUUUUUGAGGGUUUCGUGUAUGAUUUUGAGCACAAACAACACGAUGGAUGUGUAUUCUACCGUUGUAAAUCCAACGAAGCUUGUCCGGCUUCCCUUAUGCUUCUUACCAAUGGUCGUGUAAUGAACAUGGACGAUACCUUACACAUUCAUAAUAAACCUGACCUCUCUAAUUUCCGUCACGUUGGUCGGGGAUCGAAAGAAUUCAAAAUUGUGCAAAAUAAGAACGGGAGCAAUAUUUUGGUCCACCGUGGCCACCGAUACACUACGCCAAGAGCAAAAACUGAUGGUGCAGGAAUUUGGUACUGUCAUACCUAUGUUCCGGAUCUCAACCGUCGAUGUUAUGUUCCGAUCGAGCUUCUACCAAAUGGACGAGUGGCACCCGUAAACGACAAAAAUCAUUAUCAUAGCGCUCCUUUCAAAACAAAACACGAAUCGGGUGAAACAUCCUCUUUCAUCGAGCCAAAUACCAAUGACGCCAAAGUUGACAACAAGAUGCUGCUGCUUGGUGGAUACAGAUAUAAUUAUUGCAGUAAAAAAGAGGAUGGCGCGGUUCUUUGGAAAUGCGCUAAAAAGACAUGUAAUGCAUCCAUGUACCGUCUAAAUGAUGGUAAAAUCAUCAAAGGAGCUGAUCAUAAUCAUCAGAAAGAUGAAAGUGGCCAACCGAUUGCUACCGGAAGUAAAAGAAAGUUUAGUGAAAUAGAUAACGAACCAAAGGUCUCUAGUCCCAUCGUCAAAAAAAGCCAUGUUAAACCAACCACAUCGGCGAAGAAAACUCCUCGCCUGGGUGAUUGCUCUGACAAGCGCAAUCCGUAUAUUGGCCAAGCGAUCAUCAACGACGGUUUUCGGUAUACUUACUACCUGAGGAAAAAAGACGGCACGGAAUACUGGCGAUGUUGUCGACGACAAGUACUAAAAUGUCGAGGCGGAGUAUAUCGACAUGUAGACGGAAGUCUUGUACCUGCUAAUGAUGAAGGUCAUUCUCACGAACCUGAAUAUUCUGCAGAGAUCAACUCUGUACCAGAAACUUAUACAGCGGACGACUUAUACCAGGAUAAUGAUGGAACCGAGCAAGAACCAGAAGUAGUAGAAAUACCACAAGUAGAAGAAGAUGGUUCUUACGACUAUGAACUGAUCGAUGUGAAAGGCAAAAAACGUGGUUUUUAUUUGAUCCACAAAGGUGCAAUGUUCGUUUCUGGACACACUAGAAGGGACCGGGCGAGAUACUAUCGCUGUCGUACGGUUGGAUGCAAAGUAGCCAUGAUGCUGUUAAGGAACGGAUUGUUAGUACCAUCGAAUGAACACACUCACGACUGUCAAAACGCUGUUAAAGUCGGUGAUACUACUGAUGCUACAGUUGACGAAGAACAGAAAGAUGAUGAUGAACAAGAAGAUGACGAAACAACAGCAACAUCACCAAGCUCGCAUAAAUCAAAGCUUCUAUCUGAAGCUAUGGCGGAUGAAGAUUCAACAACCGUAACAGCACAGGAAGAGGAAUCUGUAACAAAUGGUAGUAGCGCAUCUACAAACGAUACGGUCGUAGAGUUGAAGGCAGAGGAAUGCUGAACAGUAAAAAAAUCAACAAUAACCGUACUUACUUGAAAUACUAAUGAUAUCACUAUUGGCUCAGUAACUAAAGCUCUAAAUGAAAAAAAAUACAUAUUACCAUUUUCAUUAUUUGAAAUCUUCUUGGAACAAAGCAAGUAUUUAUUCACCCAUUAUUGUAAACAUUUUGCAGACCGUUGAUGUAAUUUCUAUUGAUGUAGUUGUCAAGUCAAAAUAAAAAUGUAUCAUUAAAAUAGCUAAAA